AUGGGAUUAUGGUAUUUCAUCGUAAAUUUUCUGUCAACAGUUGACAAAGAUGACGAUGACUAUGAAUGUGCUAGUGUACAGACAAGUCACACACAGGACGUGAAAAAGAUUAAAUGGCAUCCGGAAAAGGAGAUUUUAGCUUCAGCGAGUUACGACAAUACGUGUAAACUGUUUCAUGAGGAAGGAGACGAUUGGAGUUGUUUUUGUACUUUAGAAGGCCACCAAUCUACAGUGUGGAGCAUUGAUUUUGAUAAAACAGGACAGAGACUAGUCUCGUGUAGUGAUGACAGAACCAUCAAAAUAUGGCAAGAAUAUCAGGCAGGAAACCCGGAAGGUAUUCCAACAUCUGGCGGAACUUCCAUAUGGAAAUGUACGUGUACUAUACAGGGUUAUCAUGAUAGGCCGAUCUAUGAUGUCAGUUGGUAAGUUAUAAACUGUUU